AUGAAGAAAGGGAGAAAUGGAAAAGACUAUUAUUCAUUUGAAUUACAAACCGAUGAAGGGAAAUUAGUCCGGUCUGUGGGCUUUGAUAAAAAUACGCAUGCCAAGGUGAAUCAUUACCAUAUGACUGGCAGUCCUGUCAAGCUUGUAAAUGUCAAUAAAAGCAAGGAUCAGAUAUUUAUUAAUUCUACUUCGUCCAUAUUUGAAGCGAGUAGAGAUGAUGUGAAAUUCCAAAAAAUGCAUGAUGUCAAUUCCGGUGAGAGUAGCGUUGCGAUUUCAAGUUCAAUUAACAUUAAAUUAGAACAGUUGCAAAGUCUAUCCACGAAUCAAAAAGUGAAUGUAGAAGGUAUUCUGUCAUUGGGUUUAGAAGAUCCCAAAGAGGUAAGUAUGCGAGAUGGGCGAAAAGGCUUGGUUAAGGAGGACUGUGUCAUUGAAGAUGAAACGGGCACAGCGAUACUUCAUAUCUGGCAAAAUGCAAUAAAGGAUUGCAAAGACGGUGUAGCAUACCAGAUAACUAAUUUAUCGGUUAAAAAUUUCUCAGGUGAGAUAUUCCUGGGAACUACUACUGAAACAUCUUUUGACAAAAGUGAUUUUCAGAAGGAAGUUGUCAAGGGGAAGGAGGUGCUCUCAGACACAGAGAAAGAGAUCACAGUCGAGGAGUUCAAAUUGGUGGACAAGGUGAGCUCGUUCCAUAUGUGCCAAAAUAAAUCAUGUAACAAACGCAUGCCUGCUGUUGAACAUGGUUCUGCCAUUUUCAAAUGCGAAGCUUGUGGGACUUCUCAAAAACUCAAGCAUGUGAAGAAAGCUAUCUCAGCGCGCAUUUGCAUCGAGCUUGAAGGAAAAGAUGUAUGGUUGUCUUCGUUCACCGAUGUGAUGACAACAUUGAUGUCCAAAGCAGGCGUUCAAAAAGACGCAACAGUUGAUGAAGUUACAAAUGCGCUGCAAUGUAUGGAGAACAUUCCAAUUAAAUAUAAUGUAAGAUCAAAAUAUAUUUUGAAAGCCUUUUAA